AUGUCUUCUGAGUCAGAAAAGGAUAAAGAGAGACUGCUUCAAGUUGCCAAAAUAUUCUUCUCCCGCACGCUAGAUCUGGAUUCUUUCAUAAAUAGGUUUGUUGAGUUGUUUAACCUCAAGAUGAAGACUCAUAUCCGCCCAACAAAUAUGAAUGAAGAGAACUGCAUUAAAGAUUUCUUUGAAAAAAUGAUCAAAAAUUUUAAAGAGAUGCAAUUGAUGGUAGAUUUAAAGUACAAACAAAUUCAAAAAGAGCCAUUAUGUUCCAAGGUGAUGACUGCUGUGACCUCUGUAGUGGACAAGUGUGCAAAUGUGGGUCCACAGACAGCUAAAGAAAUGCUCAAAAAUAUCCAGACCCCCGCUGCUUCCUUUGUGCUGAGCCACAUUUUUGAGAGUCUGGAAUCUUCUCUUUCACUCCUGAUGCAGUCCCCCAUCAUGGGGCUUCGGUUAUGUGACUUCUAUAAAGAGGAGACCAAAGAGCAGUCAGAGGCCUCCACAUCCGAGAAAAGUCCAGAAUUUCCCAAGGCCACCACAGAGGAUGCCUGGAAGAAGCUGCAGGAUGCUUUAAGAAUGGAGGAUGUCCACCAGGCAUCAGAAGCAGCAGUAGAUGCCCUGGAACAGUUUGUCAAGACUCUGGAGUCGAUGUUACAGGCCCUCCGGAAAGCCAUAAAGACCAUGGAAGGGGAUAUGGCCACAUGUAUGGAAGCUGGGGGCAAGUAG